CGGAAAGUGCAUAACUCUUGUUGAGUUUUGUCUGAGUUUAAGACCAAUUAAUACAUACUCAAAGGAUGUAGCCGUGUAAUAUAGCAACCAUUUGAGAUUGCUAUGAAUUAAAACAGGAAAAAUGUGUGACCACCGCCACUUACGAUCCCCUCCACCAGCAGGCAUAGUUGAUCAUGUCUCCUUUCUUUCUGACAAUCUUGGUGAUUUAGUUGAAAACUCAGAUUACAGUGAUAUUACUCUCAUUGUGGAAAAUGUACCAUUCCCUGCACACAAAGUUAUUUUGGCAACAAGAUCAGAGUAUUUCAGAGCUCUUUUGUAUGGUGGGAUGAAAGAAUCUCAGCCAGGAACUACACAGGUUGAACUGAAGGACACAUCUGCCUCAGCUUUUAGCAUCCUGCUGAAGUACAUGUAUAGUGGACGUCUUAACCUGCUGGAAAUCAAGGAUGAAAAUUUGUUGGAUAUAUUGGGGAUGUCUCAUCGUUAUGGCUUUGUGGAUCUUGAAACUGCUAUUUCUGACUAUUUGAAGGCAAUUUUGAACAUCUCAAAUGUCUGUCUGAUUUAUGACAUUGCAAAUAUGUAUCAUCUUACUUCCCUCUGUCAAGUUUGCAAGGAUUUCAUUGACAGAAAUGCUCAAGAUAUUUUGGUGAAUGAGACUUUCCUUACCCUGUCUCAGAGUUCAGUCAAAGAUUUGAUAUCAAGGGACUCAUUUUGUGCUCCAGAGAGUACAAUAUUUAAUGCUGUGGUCAAGUGGUCAGAACACAACCAGGGACAGGACCCAAGCCCAAUUCUACAGUGUGUAAGACUACCGCUAAUGACCAUGAAUGACCUGCUGAAUGUUGUCAGACCUACUGGACUCGUAUCAGCUGAUUCUAUUUUAGACGCAAUCAAACUGCAGUCAGAAAGUCGGGAUAUGGAACUCAACUACAGAGGCUCCCUAAUUCCAGAAACAAACAUAGCUACACAGAGAUUUGGAGCACAGGUAAUUCGAGGUGAGAUGAAAAAUUCACUUCUGGACGGGGACUGUCAGAACUAUGAUCUCGACAGAGGGUUCACACGUCACCCUAUAGACGAUAACUAUGGACAGGGUGUGGUGAUUAAAUUAGCCAGUCCCUACAUCAUCAACUGUAUCAAACUAUUGUUGUGGGAUAGGGAUAUGAGGUCAUAUUCGUAUUACGUGGAAGUUUCUAUGGAUGACAAGGACUAUGAAAAGGUGGUGGAUCACAGUAAAUAUCUGUGUCGGUCAUGGCAAACACUUUUCUUCCAACCGAGAGUUGUCAGAUACAUAAAGGUUGUUGGAACUCAUAACACUGUCAACAGAGUGUUCCAUCUUGUUUCUUUUGAAUGCCUCUUCACUAACAAACCUUUUGUGUUGGAGCAGGGUUUAGUGGUUCCAUCUGAAAAUGUUGCCACUAUAGCAGCAGGUGCGUGUGUGAUUGAGGGAGUAAGUCGCAGCAGGAAUGCCCUCAUUAAUGGGGACACCAGGCACUAUGAUUGGGACUCUGGCUACACCUGCCACCAGCUAGGGAGUGGGGCCAUUAUUGUCCAGCUAGCUCAGCCCUACAUAAUAGACACCAUGAGGUUGCUGUUGUGGGAUUGUGAUGAUAGGAGUUACAGUUAUUAUGUAGAAGUCUCCACAGAUCAAAAAUCUUGGUAUUCCCUGGCUGACAAACGUAAAGAGCAGUGCAAAUCAUGGCAAGUUAUUAAAUUUGAGAAGAGGCCUGUAACAUUUGUUAAAAUUGUUGGAACCCAUAAUACAGCAAAUGAGGUUUUCCAUUGUGUUCAUUUUGAAUGCCCUGCAGAGAUGACCAACACUGCGAACAACAACAAUGUCCCAUCUCCUGCAAGUCCCCAACCCCCAGGGCCCAGAUCUGCUAGCCCCUCUCCCAGACCUAAUAUGCACCAGUCCCAAAGUUCAGAGACUUAUGCAAGUGCAGAGUACUCCCCCCAUGAUGCCCCAGAAGCUGAUCGAUUGGACAGCAACAGCUCUCAUGAGUCAGAAAACUAGCUUCUGAUUGGACAGAAUUUCUAAUGGAGAGUGCAAUUUUUCUGUGAUUUUGUGUUACAGUCAGGAGAAUAAAGCUUCUCUGAUUUAACACAGUUGUGACUUUAUGACAUAGACAGCUUUACAUUUUUUUUUAAGUUAGAGCAAAUUUAAGCAUUCAGAUGUAUAUGUUCAGUGUAUGUUAUUUAUUUUGAUAUUGAUGACUCUUUAGAAAGAGUAUAUUACAGUUUAACAAUAUGACAUUCACUUGAUACAUAAAAAACACUUUAGACAGAGCAUUUUAAUUUCUGUUACAUGUAUGUUCAUAAGCUGAUUGUAUCAUUAUUUAUUCAAGGAAACAGGAAGUAAUUAUCUUUGGAGGAAAUUCACAUUUUCAAUAUGACAAGCAUUCACUCUGUUACAUGAAAAGCUUAGUUGAUAUUAGAUGUUGAACUACACUUUUUUUUACUAAUUAAAUGUGUGUAAAAAAUAUGUAAAAAAUAUUUUCGAUUUGGUGCAUUUAUUAGGUAUUUUUAGGAUCUAGAAUUGUUUAGAAAUACUACUACAUUUUUAUUUUAUACUCGUACUCCUGCAAUUAAAAAAAAAAUAAGAUAAUAAUAAUUUUGAAGGUCUUAUUUAGACCAGUUCAAAAUAUUCAGACCAGUUCAAAACUUAACAAUUAAUAAAUCAAACAGUGAAUGCUUCAUGAAAAUGCUCAAACCAUGAUUAAGCAUCUGAUCCUUAUUAGAAACCAGAAAUGCAUGUAAACCCAUUUAAUUAAGGAAAAAAAAUAAAUUGUUAGAGCUUCAGUACCAAUGAUUUUAUUGAUUGUUUUAUUUGUCUAAUUAAUGAAUGCCCACACGAUGCCACUUCUGUACAGAAUUUAGCAUGAUUCAAAUCAAAAUCCAGACAGAUAUUACUCAGUAAUUGUUAGAGUCAUGCAUUAUAUUUUAUUAGCAGAAAACUGGUAGCAUUUGUGUGCAGUGAGAAAUGUUAAAGAUAUUCCAUAUUAAAUGAUGUCUGUUUUUUUGCAUUAAAUUGAAUUUUGAUUUA